AGACCCACACAGUGUACACUGUACAGCUAAUUUCGCACGACCUAUAAACGACCAGAACAAAAAAGAAGAGGGAAAAAAACGGAGCCAGGCCUAGCCAAGCCGCCCACCGAGAAAGGAACGCGGCCAAUCUGGUGGCCUCGUGCUCGCAGCCAAUAGCCCGCCUCCGAUCCGCAUCCGGCCAGGCGGCGCAGCCUCCGGGGCCAGGGCCGGUCGGGCGGGCUCCCCUGCCACCGGCGGCGACGCGCCAUGGCCGGCUCCAUGGUGGACCGGGCCACCAGCGACAUGCUCAUCGGCCCCGACUGGGCCAAGAACAUGGAGAUCUGCGACAUCUGCAACCGCGACCCCGGGCAAUCCAAAGAUGUCGUGAAGGCUCUCAGAAAAAGAAUUGCACACAAAAAUCCAAAAGUUCAGCUUCUCGCACUAACUCUGCUGGAAACUGCAAUCAAGAACUGUGGGGAUAUAUUCCACAUGCAUGUUGCAGAGAGGGACCUGUUGCAUGAGAUGGUCAAGCUAGUGAAGAAAAAGUCUGAUCAACGCGUCAAAGACAAGAUUCUGGUUCUAAUAGAUACAUGGCAAGAAGCUUUGGGGGGACCACGUUCAAGAUAUCCACAAUUCUAUGCAGCAUACCAUGAAUUAGUGCGUGCUGGAGCUCAAUUCCCCAAGAGGUCUGAGAGACCUGCACCGCUGUUUAAUGGGCAGUCUGAAGCAGCGAAAAGUAUGCGUAGUCCUGAUCAACGGGACGAAGCUGAAUCUUCUGCUGGAAAUGACUUCCCUGCUCUGAGCAUGUCAGAGAUUCAAAAUGCUCGUGGUAUCAUGGAUGUACUAGCUGAGAUGUUGAAUGCUUUAGACCCUGGAAAUAGAGAGGGACUAAGACAGGAAGUAAUUGUGGAGCUUGUUGAUCAGUGCCGCACUUACAAGCAGAGAGUGGUCCAGCUAGUUAAUACUGCUUCGGAUGAGGAACUUUUGUCGCAAGGGCUUGCACUAAAUGAUGAUUUGCAGCGUGUUCUAGCAAAACAUGACGCAAUUGCUGCAGGCAUUGCUGUUCGAGUGGAGAAAAGGCCAAAGUCUCUGCAGGCGCUAGUUGAUACUGAGGAUUCUGCGAACCAAGACUCUAAGAAAGAGCAAGCACUAGUAGAUAUUGAUGACCCUACAAGCCAAGAUUCUAAAACAGAGCAAAAUCAAAGCACCAGUGAGCCGUCUCCUUUUGAGCAACUAGCGCUUCCAGCACCUCCAGUAUCGAAUGGCUCAGCAAACGCUGCAUCAAAACCUGAUUCUGGCAUUGAUCUUCUUAGCUGGGAUGAUACCCCAUCCACUGCAGAGAAUUCGCUGGCUCUUGUACCGGUCACUGAUCCAUUGGCUGACUCCACUUCAAAUCAAAAUGCACUGGCGAUUGUAGACAUAUAUUCUCAAAACAAUACUGCUAAUAGCAAUGCCAAAUCACUUGACCCCUUUGGUUUCGAUUCAAGUCCCACUCCUCUUGGAUCACAGCCAUACAACACUGCAACCCAGCAUCCUGUACAAUCACAACAGCCUCCUCAGCAGGCGGCGCUCUAUUCUAAUGGAAGUGCUGUAAACCCUGGAACAUCUUACGACCCGGCGUCACAGUAUAAUCACACGAAUUCCGGGUGGAAUGGUCAAGUUGCCAACCAUGCAGCACCCCCGCCACAGCAAGUAAAUUAUGAUGAUCAAAGUGGAGCCCUUCCGCCUCCACCUUGGGAGGCUCCGGCAGCGCCAAGCAAUGAAAUGCCAAAUGGCCAAUUGGGUGCUAUGCAACCUCUCCCAACUCCAGCAAGCCAAUUCGGUGGUGUGCAGCCACUACAACCGCAGAACAAUCACAUGGCAGGUCUACAACCGCAGCCAAUGUAUAACAACCAACCAGGAGCUAUGGUACCUCACGCAAUGCAGUCCAACCAAACUGUUGGAGGGCAGAUGCAGCCAGGUUAUGGAAACCAGUAUGGACAUUUGGCACCACAACCCAUGCCAAUGCCAGGCAUGCAGUUCGCUGGUAUGCAACCAUCUCCGAUGCCAGGAGCACAGCCAGGCAUGAUGUAUGCGCAACCAAUGCCGGGGGCGCAGUUUGGAGGAAUGCCGCAACAGCAGAUGUACGGCGGUGGUGGUCGGAUGGCGACGCAGUACGGUUAUGUGCAGCAGCAAGCAGCACAGUACUACAACCAGGGAAGGCCAGCAAUGUAUGGGUACCCUGGCACCAACGGCCUCUCUCAGAGUAUGUAUGGUCUCUCCAUGCAAGACAGCUCCUACAUGGGGGGCAUGAACUCGGCCUAUCAGGCAGCACCCUCUUCAUCCUCCAUGGCGCAACCCAUGAGGCCGUCGAAACCCGAGGACAAGCUCUUCGGCGACCUUCUCAGCAUCGCCAAGACGAAGCAGAACAGAGCUUCGUGAUACGACUGAGUGAAAGUGUAAGAGGUCCAAUAUAUAUUUUGUCUAUUUUUUCUUACAAAUUUUCCACGUGGCUUGAUCAUAUACACUUGUGUAGCUCUCUUCUCUUGCGUUGGAUGUGUAAGCUUCAGUUUUUGACGCUGCUUCCCCACAUUGAUUCCAUUAUUAAAUUCGUUACGACGUGUGUACUGGUCACGCCAGAGAGGAAAACCAACGUCGGUAAAUGGUGAUUUAAUAAAGAUUAGCUUGUUGUGAGGCA